AUGACCACGCAGACGCAAGAUCUUAGUCAGGCCCUUGUCGUGUCCGACAGCCAGUUUGCUUCAUCGUUUGUCGAGGACUCGCAGCCUAUGUCCGAGAUGGCACAUGAUUCAGAGGUGUUCGAGUCUGAUUCCCUCUAUGUGCCAGUAGUGCUCGUUGAGCCAACUACUGCUGCUGCUGCCGCUGCAAUCAAGCUAGCAGCAGCAAAGGCAAAGAAGGAUAGUAGGUCGAACAACAUGAAGUGGCAGCCGUUCAUGUCCACGUUCGUGCUGAACAAGAUGUGUGAGCUCAUCUCUAGUGGAGUUAGGACUAACAAGGGCUUUAAGGAGGUGCACUUGAACACCGUUGCGAAGCAGGUGUUCGAGUUCUGUGGGCAAGAGGUGUCUGCCACCCAGGUGUACAACCACCUGAGGAAGUGGAGAAGUCGAUGGAUCCAAGUGUCCAAGCUGAGAGACCUUAGCGGCGCCUCAUGGGAUGAGAACACUUGCUCCAUAGUUCUUGAGGCAGAGCACUACGCCGGCCAUGUCGCGGACCACCCAAGGGACAUUGAGUUCCUCAACACACCCAUCCAGAACUACAACCAGAUGCAGCACAUCUUCUCCUUCGGGCUGGCAACUGGGAAGCAUGCCAUGUGCUCGGGGGAGCCUCUUGGUUCUCCCAUGCCUGACUUCCCUGGGACCCCGGACGUCGAGAUCCUUGAUGGCCCUGACAAGCCCGCUGCGAAGCCCUUCGACAAGCCAUUUGACCCCGUUGAUAGGAAGAGGAAGAGAGGAGGCCUGAUGGAGGAGGAGAUCAAUGUCUUCUGCAGCAUGACUGAGGCGGUGAAGGAGGUGGCAACAACCAUCAGGGAGUGCAAGCCCCUCGACGUCCACCCUGACCUGUAUGGCGCUAUCAUGACCCAGGGUGGCUUCAGCGACGAGGCUCUCAUGGCAGCUCUCAGCCACCUGCUUGACAACACGGCCCAGGGUGUUGGGUUCGUUGCCAUGGCCGACGCUCACAGGGGCAAGUGGUAUGCCGUGUUCAUUGGUGAGGUUCCAGGGGUUUAUAGUUCAUGGGAAGAAGCCAAUGCACAAGUGGCAUCGUAUAGCAACAACAACUAUAGAGGGUUCAAGACUAAGCAGGCAGCAGAACAAGCUUACUCUGCCUGGGUGCGAAAGCACGGAGGCAGCAGUGUCGACAGUGCCAAGGUUGGAGCUGUCAAAGUGGAAGCUGCUAAGGUGGAUCAUCAGUUCGGCCUGAAGCUGAAGAACUUCAUCAUCUUCGCCCAGUUCGUCACCAUUGCUGUGUUGUGGCGUUAG